AUGGAGAUCUUCGAAAACGCGACUCUACGAGAGGCCUCCGUGGGCCUGGAGCAAUAUGCCACGCUCCCACGCCUGGCAGUUGUCGGUUUGGUGUUUUGCCUAACAUUCCUGCUAUGGCGGCCACAGGCCAGCAGCCAGCCACCGAGCCUCCAAGAAGCGAUUCCCCUCGUCUCCAACACCUACCUUUUCAUGACCAACAAAGAGGCAUUCAUACGGAAGGCCGCAGAUUUUGUUCGAGGUAGAUUCGACAUUGUGCAGUUCCGCCUCGGUCUGAAGAAGAUAUAUCUGGUCACUGGCGAGAAGAACGUGCAGGCGUUGAUGAAGUCGACGCCAGGUUUGCGGGCGGAGACCGGCGUGGAGACACUCCUUGAGAGCGUGUGGGCGAUGCCUAAGGAGGAAGUCCAGCAUUGGCGGCUCGACAAGACUGGAAGGGGGAAGACACCCCUCCCAGGAACUGAGGGCUUGCCCGACGAUCGUAGAUUCUGGUAUAUUAGCCACCAAAUUUACGACAACUACCUCACUGCGAAAAAGUAUGCUGAUAACUAUGCACUAAAGUUCUAUGACAUCUUUGAGAAGCACCUAGAUUCUAUGCCCGUUUCGUCCGAGUGGUCCACUUUUGGUGUGUAUGAUUGGGUCAGGCACCAGAUGGCUGAAUGUGCGCUCAUGUCGGUCAUGGGAACUCACAUUAUCGACAUGAACCCUGGCUUUCUGGAUGCCCUGUGGGACACUGACCGUGUCACCCCGGACCUUGUCGCUGGGUUCCCCCGGUGGAUGAAGCCGGGACCAUACGACAUUCGCGACAAGUUCUAUGCCAUGGCGAGGAAAUGGGUUGAAACUUCGAUGGCGCAAUUUGAUUUUGACGGCCCGGACCAGGACGUCGACUGGGAACCGCUCUUUGGUGCCCGUGUCACGCGCGAACAGGCAAAGUGGAUGUCUCAGAAUCAUUGCGGAGAGACUUUAGGAGGAUUCUUCGGAACUUUUGCCGCUGGCGUAGUAGCCAACUCUGUUCCGGCAGCCACAUGGGCCCUCAUGGAAUUGCUGAAAGAUCCCGAGCUGUACCAAGAAGUCCGGGCUGAAGUCCAGACUGCCGUCGUCACGGAUCCGGAGACGGGAAAGCGCUCCAUGAACGUACCGAAGCUCCUGACGCUACCACUGCUACAGUCAGUCUACGUCGAGACAAUGCGUUUGCAUGUUUCGUACAGUAUUUUCCGCGCCGUCACCCAGCCCGUGACCAUUGGCGGAUACCAGAUUGAAGAGGGUGCCGCCGUCCUUGCCACGACAUGCAUAGCCCAUGUUGACGAUGCUGCAUGGAAUGCGCAGGGAACUCACCCGGCGUCGCAGUUCUGGGGUGCUAGGCACAUCAAGUUCGUUGAGGAGGUGGACGAGAAAGGGAAUAAAGCGACACUGCCUAAGUUUGCCAUGGCAGCACGCCCGAGCUCAUUCUUCCCCUAUGGCGGCGGUCAAUCAAUCUGUCCUGGUCGCCAUGUCGCAAAGCAGCACCUCCUCAUGAUGCUGGCAUUGCUGCUCGCACGAUUUGAGAUAGAAAUGAUUGAGUGGGUGAAUGGGGAUGGAUCUAAGUCUGACCGUGAGCCCGAGCAUGUCUCUGCUUAUGUCGGCGUGUUGGCCAUGCCUCCUGACCGUGACAUGAAGGCUCGAUGGAGGAAGAUGUGGUAG